UAACAACUUUCUCUCUCCUCACUCAAACGAAAUCAUAUGCUCUAUAAAUGGAGCUCGGUAGAAUAUUCGAACAUGCCGGAGAAGGUGGUGGCGCACGGCGGCCGCCGCCGUCUUCCCCGGCCAACACCACCCAGAAACCCAAACAAACAAAACAAACCCUUACUUAUUUUGGCCGGAGAUUACGAAUCCGGCCUCAAAACAAACAAAUCCCAACCCAAAACCACAAAUCGGGAGCCAUGAAACAAAAAAACCUAACUCACUCAAUCAUGAAAUUAAAUCCACAAUUAGGUGCAAAUCAAACAAGCUGUUGAGGGAUAUGGAGCAAGAAAAGUAGUUCUUUGCAAGGGCAAAAACGAAAAAGGGAAAAAUGGCUCAAAAGUUACCUAAUCGGAGCAAGUCCGAUGUGACAUCGGCGUCGCCUUAACAGUAAGCUUUCGCUUUCAAUCUCUUUGUAUUAGUUCAGCUUCAGCCUCUCUUCUUCUUCUGGACGGUGAAUGGGAAGCUCAAUAAGCUGCUAGGAAUAAAUGAACUUUUGGUGUAUAGGUUUUGGAACGUUUCUGCAGAGUUGUCUCUUUUUGGGAAUGAAACAGGACCACAAAAAUGGUAUGGGUUGGCUUUGGGUGAGGGAGUCAUGGUUCCUUGAUGUUUUUGGAAUGUCUGUUUGUGGUCUUGUAUUUUAUGGACACGGUGAAAAAAUGAGUGUUUGCCUUGAUCCGCAAUGGAAUUUCAGAACACUGAUUUCAACCAUCCACACUGGCUUCCGACAGUUGGGCGGGCGUCGUAUGAAGGUGAGGAAGGUAGAGUAUCGUUGUCCAUACAUAACGUUGACUGAUGCAAGCCCUGAUGGUACGUACAUGUAUUACCUGGAUCGUAUAGAAAAUGAUGAAGAUGUCCAGUGUAUGUUUUCGACACAUAGUGGUGAAGUUAAUAGAGGAGUUGAAGGUCCACUUGUGUUGGUUGUUGUUGUUGAUUAGUUUUUUAAUUACCAAUUGUGUUGGUUGUUGUUGUUGUUUAGUUAAUGUGGUCGUACUUUGUAACCAUAAGCCUUUGAUUAUCAAAUGUAUUUCAUAAUUGUUUG